AAUAACUCACAGAUUUCAACUUCAACCAACCUAACCCACCCUUCUAUAAAUAUUUAUUCCUCUUCCCAACUUCACUACUACCAAAUUACAUUUCUCAAAUACACAACAUGGAGGCAGUUCAAUCAUGGGUUUCAAACAACAAACUCACCAGCAUUGGGGCACUGUGGGCCUCUGGAAUUGGAGCAUCACUUGUUGCUUAUUCACGAGUUAAAUCUCCAAUGAAGCCAAGUCUAAGGCUUAUCCAUGCUAGGAUGCACGCACAGGCACUAACUCUAGCAGUACUAUCGGGUGCAGCUGCAUAUCACUAUUAUGAGAAUCAUCAAAAACCAUUGGCAGAUAGUUACACUUCAAAUGUCACACCCACUGAGUUACUUGAAUGGGAGCUUCAUAGUCCUUUUUAAGAUUACAACAAUUUCCUAUCUAUUUUUAAUUCUAUAAUAGUUUUAGUAGGUAGUAAUUAUGUUAGUGUGAUCUUGUCACACACAUAAAAAAGGAUCGUUGUGCCUUUUUAUGUAUGAUCUGGGGAAAGAUUUUCUAAUUUUCUAACGUAUAUAUAAGUUCUCUGUUACUUUCA